AUGGCGGACCGAUCGACUGCGUUUGCGCAUCGCAAGGUACUUCCUCACCUUAUUAUUCAACAACAAAGAAGAGCUCGGCAACUCGUAGCUCUUGUUCCAAAGCCGGGAGCAAAAUCAGAUUUGGACGAAACUGAAUCAUCUGAGGAUGAAUUUCAGUACUACACCCGCCCUACCCACUCCGACAGCAGUUCACCACCUCCAUCACUGCCAUCUUCAAUAGAAAACCUAAAUCUUCUCUCAGAUGACGAUAUUGAGGUAAAUCAAGUGUUUGCUUCAACAUCUUUGGUACUAUAUCAACAGUCAUCAGUGUCAUCACCAUCAAUCAACCCUUGUUCGCCAUCAAUUUUAUCACCCAAUCCGCCAGAAACUGAUACUAGUCCUUGGUGUCCGGUACCGUCACCAUUAUCACCAUCUAUACAGGCUACUCCCUCACAAGUACCUUCACCAAUAGUUAGUAACUUCAAGCGGCGUAAUCAGUUACCGCCGCUGUCACCAUUGUUUGCACCUUCUCCUUCAACAGUUACUCGUUCAAAGAAACCUAGAUUUGUCACAGUAAGGCGCAGAGUAAUACCACCAAAAAGGUUGGAACCUAAUUGGGGUCGCUUCAAGUUUACUGGGUGUGCAGAAGUAGAUGAUAUCGCGUUUGAGCAACGUGAAGAGAAAAGUCCAAUUGAAUACUUUAGGCUUUUCUUUUCUGAUGACAUCAUUUCUCUUAUAGUGCAACAAACAAAUUUAUAUAGCACACAAUUAAAUGGCAAUUCAAAAAAUAUUACAGAAGAAGAUAUCAAAGAUUUUCUGGCAAUUCUUGUAUAUAUGAGUGUCAAUAAAUUGCCAGCUUAUACAGAUUAUUGGGCUAAACUUACGCGAUGCGACAAAGUAGCUGAUAUAAUUACCCUCAAGAAGUUCCAAUUACUGAGGCGUUAUUUGCAUUUUAAUGACAACUGGAAAGACGAUGGUGAUAGGUAUUAUAAGGUGAGACCAGUCCUUAAAAAAAAUAAGUGA